CACUGGUCCAUUCAGAGCUACUCGUGGGCAUUCCCUCGAGCAGUUGCUUCCUGCAUAAUAGUGAUGAGAGGUCCUUUCCUGCCAUGGUGUGUCUGUGAGCCACUGUAAGAGCUGCCAGUCUACUGACUCCAUCCCAAAUUCUUCCUCACCUAGCCCUUCGAUCACCAUUCCCGGCCCUUUCUUGAGAGUACCUGAAAAUGGACAGUUCCCAGAGAUUAGUUUCCUUCAAGGAUUUGACUGUGGACUUCACCCGUGAGGAGUGGCAGUGUCUGGGCCCUGCACAGCGCCUCCUAUACAGAGACGUGAUGCUGGAGAACUACAGGAACCUCAUCUCAUUGGGGUUUCAUGUUAGCAAACCAGAAGUGAUCUUAAAAUUGGAGCAAGGAAAAGAGCCUUGGAUAUUGGAAGAAUUGCCAAGUCAGAACCAUGCAGGGAAGUAAGAUGAUGAUGAUACCUCAGAGAAAAACAAAAGAAUACAAGACAAAUGUUUGAAGCAAUUCUUAGCCUUCAGUAACAAAACGAUGCCAGAAAAAGCCACUCUGUUUGAGAAAACAGUUGCUCUUGACAUCAAUACUAUUUCUUCAGAACAAAUGUUCCAUAAAUAUGACCCGGGUGGGAACGGCUUGAGAACUAAAUCAGAAGAAACUGUUGCAAAGCAAAACAAAGCAAAAACAAAGGUAAUCGCUGAGUCUGAUGGGUGUGAGAUGCCACUGUCACCGCUCCACACGAAGCCUGACAGAAGCCAUUCUGGGACAAAAUGGAACAGAUGUGAUGAGGUUAGGACUGUUAGAAGUCGAAGGGAAGAUCUUUGUCAAGACCAGAACAUCCAGUUUUUAAGUCAACCUUCUGAACAUAAUAAGGGUGGGAAACCCGUCCUGCAAAAGUCGGCCUCCUCUGCAGGAACGGAGGAACAUGCCCAAAGAAAGCGAAAUGAAUGUGCUGAGUGCAGGAAAACCUUUUCUAAGAGGUCCACCCUCAUUGUACAUCAGAGAAUUCAUACAGGAGAGAGACCCUAUGCUUGCAGUUAUUGUCGGAAAACUUUUCGCAUAAAGGCAAGCCUCACUCGACACCAACGAAUCCACACCGGAGAGAGGCCUUAUAAAUGCAAAGAGUGUGGGAAAGCCUUCAUUGACAAAUCUGCCCUCAUCGUGCAUCAGAGAAUUCAUGGCGGGGAGAAAGCCUAUGAGUGUAACGAAUGUGGGAAGACCUUCUUCCGGAAGUCAGCCCUGGCUGAGCAUUUCAGGUCACACACAGGGGAGAAGCCUUACAAAUGCAAGGAGUGUGGGAAUGCCUUCGGCAAGAAAUCUUACCUCAUUGUCCACCAAAGAACUCAUCAAGGUGAGAAGCCAAACGAAUGUAAGGAAUGUGGGAAAACCUUCUUCUGCCUGUCAGCCCUGACGGCACACCAGAGGAUUCACACCGGGGAAAAGCCCUACGAGUGCAGCGAGUGCGAGAAAGCGUUCUUUUGUCAGUCGGCCCUCAAUGUGCAUCUGAGGAGUCACACCGGGGAGAAGCCCUACAAAUGCCGCCAGUGUGGCAAGUUUCUGUGCACUAAGUCUGCUCUCGUUGCACAUCAGGUCAUCCACAGAGGCAAGAGGGCUUUCGAAUGUAACGAAUGCGGGAAGCUUUUCUACCUGAAGACGACACUCAGCAUACAUCAGAGAACUCACGCCGGAGAAAAGCCCGGUGUGCUUAGUAAAUGGGGCCAAGAACCCACCGCCAAGUCCAACUGCAGUGAACAGAAAAAAGUGGACACAAAGGAGAAUCAUUAUGAGUGGCCCGAGCACAAGUGCACGGUCCACAAACGCUCACGCCACUUCGCACACUCGAGAACCAUAUGGGAGAGGCCUUACGAGUGUCCCGAGUGUGGGCGGACCUACUGCCGGAAGUCCGCUCUCAGGCACCAUCAGAUGACACACACGGGAGAGAGGCCCUAUGAGUGUAAGGAGUGUGGGAAAACCUUCUGCCAGAAAGUCUCCUUUGUCGAGCACCAGCGAACUCACACUGGGGAAAAACCACAUAAGUGCAAACAGUGCGGGAAAUCUUUCCGCCACAAGUCAGCAUUCACAGUGCAUAAGAGAAUUCACACAGGGGAGAAGCCGUAUUUGUGUAAUGAAUGUGGCAAAAGCUACCGUCGGCUCUGGACUCUGACUGAACACCAGAAAAUACACACAGGGGAGAAGCCCUAUGAAUGUAACACGUGUAAGAAAACAUUUCGCCAUAAGUCAAACUUCCUUUUACAUCAGAAUACUCACAAGAAGUAAAUUCCAGCAAGGUAACAGGUAAUUUGCAUACUGCCCAGAUCCUGAAUUUUGCAUAAAGGAGUGACACCGAGUCAGCAUCUGGACUACUGGAAGAUUUUCUGCUGACAUCAGCCC